AUGACGGCGACGAACGCUCCUCCCCCAGCACCGGUUCGCCAUGAUGACGACGACAACAACAGAGGCAGCAGCAGCAACAACAACAACAACAACAACAACAACAACAACAACAACAACAACAACAACACUACUGAUGCCACCGCUACAUCUUCAUCCGACCCCGCUGUGACAGAUUCGUCGCAUCCCCCCGCCACAAUAGAAUCCGCUGAACCUUCAGAGCCCCCAAUCACGAGCACCACGAUUAGAGAAAAUACGCCCCCUUCACCGACAUCUCAGCCUCAUGAUGCCACCGCUUCCCAAUCCGCGCCGACUACCACCACUAACACAGAGCCUCCCCCACAGCAAAUACAGUCCGCCACACAACCUACCAGUGAGACCGAAGAAACUAAGCAAUGCAGCCCUGCCGUUGGUCCCUCGUCGGAGCUACCAGGCGCGACGGGUAAAGAAUUGGAGGAUCCCGGCAUGGUGUUGAAUAUAGACCUUCUUCUGAUAACCGGAGCCAGACAUCCAUUCAAGAUUGAUGCGAAGUACCUGCGAAAACGGCAGGUGGAUGUACCCGAUUUCAAUCCCUAUGCGAUGAGCGUAUAUACUCUGAAAGAACUGAUUUGGAGGGAGUGGAGAUCUGAGUGGGAACCUCGACCUCCCUUCCCAAGUUCAAUACGUUUGAUAUCAUUCGGAAAAUUAUUGGAUGACAAAGCUCCGCUAUCCGAUUUGAGAUUAACUCACAACGCUCCCAACGUCAUCCACAUGACCAUAAAGCCACGAGAAGUCGUGGACGAAGAAGACGCCAAAGCCACCAGAUCCACUUCCGGCCGGGAGCGGGAUGGCGGUGAUUAUAGCCCCCGAUGCAGGUGUAUUAUCCUGUAG